AUGGAUGAUGGACGGAGCAAUGCCAGCAGCGGGAGCACAACGACUCAGCUGUGGCCAGAGGCUUGCGUUGAAGUGGAUGGUUGGGGCGAUGGCGGCCCUUUUCUACGCUACCUCGAUGCAGAGGUGAGACAGGGCACCUGGGCAAGUGGCAAGAUCUUCUGCAAGGAGCCGGUUACUCUCCAGGCGUCAAGUCAACUCUCGCAGAACGGGAUGCAGGUAGACCUGGAAAGGCUUCGGCACCAUUCACAUACCAGUGAAGUCUGCAGCAGACGUUCAUCGAUCUCAGAGUCAUAUCCUCAGCCAUUCACGCCUGUCUUCGGAGUGGGUGCGCGGCCCACCAGUUGCGAUGACACGAGGCAGGUUCGCUCAGAUGUCCCUUGGGGCGAAGCUUUGAGUGCAAGCUCUGGCACUUCCGAGCACCAGGAAAGUUUUAACAUUUCGGGAUCGGGAUCGAGAGACUCAACGCAUGGAAGGAGAAAACGGAGCCUCGGCCUGCGCAAUCGCGAGGGCUCGAGAUGCUCGAGUUCCGACUUUCCAGCCCAAACAGUGACAGCAUCCUCAGUGUCGUGCUCGUCACGGCGAGGCAAGAAGCCGUUACGGAAACAGCCGGCUCAGCCGAUUUGGUCUGCAAAGGAUGGACAGCCCGAGACCUUGCUUGAUGCCAGCAUGCUGGCGGAGGUGUUCGGCCGUGACCGCUCAGAUGAGAUCGAAAAGGUGUUGGAACAGUGGCAGGAAUAUCAGCUGUUGCGAUCCGAGCUGCCAGCCCAAGACUUGAAACGAGAAGUUCGCUCACUUCGCAGUGAGCUUGCAAGAGCAGAUGCAAAGGCAACAAGAGCAGAGGCAGAAGCUGCAGAGGCACGGCAAGUCGAGGCCGAAACAGCUCAGGCCGAGUUGGCCGUGUUGAGAGCCGUAAGAGCAGAGGUGCUCUCCGAAAGACAGGCAGAGCGAGAGGAAUAUCAAGAGGAGUCAAAGGAACUCCGGUAUUUAAACAGCGAGGAGUCAAAGCAACUCCGUCAUGCAAGCAGCGAGCUUGCAGAACUCCAAACUGCUCUCGAAGCCUCAGAACUGCAGCCCUUCCAGCUUGAGCAGGAGCGGGACCAGUGGGCAGAUCGCUAUAGCGCUGUUUCGGACGAGCUGCACAUGCAGAGGAUUAUGUGCCGGCGCCUGGAGCACGACGGAUCGAACCUUAGAGGGGAGUAUCUCGAGGAAUCGGCCGCUCACCGCGCCCUGGAGCUGCGGGGAGGAGAGCUCGCUCGCCUUCAUCAAAACGAGGUGCAGGAGGUUCAGCAGCUUCGACAAGAGCUUCAGCAGCUGAAGAAAGGAGAAGAAGCUCAGUGCCAGGAGUUUCGGCAGGCGCAACAUGACCUAAUCGAGGUCAGAUGCGAACACAGAUCGGUAGAGUCUCAACUGGAGCAUCAAACGCAGCGCUUGCUGGAACGGCCCGACCAAGCACCGGCAUCUCGACUCGGUGAUGCGCAGCAGUUGGAGUCGAAAGCGGAGCCUGAGCCUCAAAGACAGCGCUGGCUGGCGCAAGCACAGCUGGAACAACCCGACCAGCGGCCCUUGGAAUCUUCCUCUCCUGACCAGCUUGGGCCACAUGUGGAUCUGCAAAGGCUGCUGAUACAAACGCACGUGUUGCAGGGGCCCGAAGCAUUGCCGCUGGCAUCUUCAUUGCACGAUCCGGCGUCUCCCGGGGAGUUUCUCCGAGAGCUACGGGCUGUUAUAGGCGCAUCCUCUCGCCUGGCUGGCGGGGCUGGGGCUGCGGGGGUGGACUACGCCGUGAAGGCCGCGAGUGAAGCGCUGAGAAGAGCAGAGGCUCGCUGCGAGAUCUCCAGACUCAGAAGCCAGGCCAUGGAGGCAGACCUGGCCGCAUUGGUGGAGACCGGGACCGCCGGAUCCGCCGGGACCCAGCCAAACCAGGCAGCCGGGUCUGACCCGGAGCUCGAAGAGGACAGCCCAAGAAGAAAACUCUGGGAGCAGGAGGAGGAAGACGAUGCCAGCGAUGCCAGCGAGGGCACGCUCGGAGCAGAUUUAGUGCAAGCCGUUCAAAUCAGGCAGCUUUCUCAUUUAGCACUUGCCGGUUUGCAACUUCUGAUGAGAGCAGCUUUUGUUGGGUGGCGCGAUCAGCGGCAGCUGUCCGAUAUACGGUGCAAGGAGAACCUGCUGAAGGCAUGGAGUUCACACGGAGGGCGCCAUUUGUCGUCAAGGCUGGCGCUGCUCUGCUGCAGAACUCUGUUCGGGAUUUGGCGGCAGCUAGUCGUCGUUUCUCGAGGAAGGCUUCAUCAUCUCUCUUUGGGGCAGGCACCUGGCUUCGUGAGACGAUCCUUGCGCCGAACUUCAGGUGCCCUGCAGCUUCUCGAGCGCUCGCGCGAGCGGGUCUGGCUGCUUGGGUUUGUGCUGUCUCUGUGGUCUAGUCUGCGGUGA